CCGGUGCAUACAAUAGCGUUGAAGGCUCGUCAGGAGAAGAAAAAAAAGAAAGCGCGUCCGUUCAUUCGUCGUCGGCUGAAACCAAGAGACAGUUCUUUGGCGCCCGCAACGAGUCGGUCGGUCUCGGUCUGUAGGUCAUUGGUCGUAACGUGCCAUUUUACUUGCGACAGUUUCUUCGGGACCGUUUUUUGCGCCCGGAGUGCAGAUCAACUUCCGCUGUUAGCUUAUCCCGGUGGGGACCAACGGGCUAAGUUUGUGUAAGUGAGUCUGCAUGUGCUUCCGUUGUCGUUGGUUUCGCUACUACGCUACUGACUGGAACAGUUUCGUUGACAGUCGUCGCCGUUGUUUGUUUUCUGAGUGAGGGAAUGGUGAAUAAUCUACCGCCACUAGUUGAAUGAUACUUGCCGUCCCAUUACUUGUCGCUUUGAAGAGUGUGUAUGUGAGCCGAAACGAGAUAAGUUCACGUCGAGAAUAAAUAGCGGUGACUUCUUGUUAACCUGCCAACCGCAGCUCGCCGCUGGAGAAGGUCGCCGAGGUUCAAGUGGGUGCGAUGUGGAAAAUAUGAUAGGCCUUUCUCAAAUAAUGGAUGUGGUUCACAGCAGAUCCCGUGGAAGUCUUCGUGAAUGCUUCGAAUGAUAUGCUGUUAAAGAGCACAGAGUUGGAUUGUGGGCUGUGCAGUUCAGUUCUACUCUUGAAAAAAAAAAGCAGAAGAAAAAAAUCAUUUGUAUACACGGUGUGAUAUGAAGCAAUAUGUGAUUACGCAGAAUUGAGAUCUCGGAAGAGUGCGCGCACGGUGCAUGGGAAGAAGCUUUAUAGAGCGGUGGUAUCAUUAUGAUGGCCGUAGGGUAGGAUAACCGCAAAGUGGAAGAUUUGCUUGUGGUUCUUGUUUUGUCUGUGCCUCAAAAUCAACAUUACUGCAAGUGGCCGAGAGAAACGAAAAGAAAACGUUGGUAAUAUCCUGUAUCGGAUAUUAGUGCAAUCACCGGAGAAUAAAUCAUGAAGAAAAAGGAUAAAAUUACUGUGAUGGAUAUCGUGCUUCUCUGGGCACUAAAGGCGGUGAAACAGUUCAUAGAUCUGAUUAAUAGUUCCAACAGUGACCCGCACCGGAAGGCCGUCACACCGGCGAUUGCGACAAAGUUCCUGCUGGCACGAAAGUUCGACAUUCCCCGAGCGGUAGCGCUCUACGAGCAGCACGAGCAGAUCCGGCAACGGGAAGGUCUGUACGGAUUCGACCCGCUCAGCGAUCCCCUGCGGGUAGAGCUCGAAACGGGGAAGUUCACGAUACUGCCCGGACGCGAUGCUAGUGGCGCCGCAAUCGCAUUAUUCACUGCCAACCUGCAUUACCCGGAGAUAGUAACACACAAAACCACUCUUCAGGGAGUUGUGUACCAGCUGGACGUCGCCCUGCAGAGCGCCGAAACGCAGAAAGCCGGACUGGUGUUCAUCUACGACAUGAGCACCUCCAAGUAUUCCAAUUUUGAUUACGAUUUGUCGCAGAAAAUACUCACACUGUUGAAGGGUGGCUACCCGGCGCGACUGAAGAAAGUGCUGAUCGUGACCGCCCCGCUAUGGUUUAAGGCUCCCUUCAAAAUACUUCGAUUGUUCGUGCGGGAAAAGCUACGGGAGCGAGUGUUCACGGUGUCGAUUCCUCAGCUGAGCCUGCAUGUGCCCCGGGACUCGCUGCCGGUGCGAUUAGGCGGAACGCUGGAGAUCGAUCAUUCCUCAUGGUUGCUACACUGUUACAAAUCGAUGACGAAUCGUGAGGACGAAGUUUUCGCGGGCGUAAACAACAGCACAGCCCAGGCCAACAACAUUGGAAACGGCAUGGGAAGCGGUGGAACCACGACCGUAACCGCAGCCAUUCUUGAUCCGCACCUGGCGGGCGGCGCAAUUGCCGGCAGUACAGAUCUGUCCGAGUACGUUUCCGGUCACCAUCGGUCACCGAGCAACGCGGUGGAUCACAUCGGUGUGGAGGAUAUAUCGGACCUGACGGGCGCGGCCGGUGCAGGAGUUCACCAUGUGCAUCACAGCCAUCACCAUCAUCACAAUACCAGUAACGAACUGUGGAGCGAGAACCCACCCAGCAGUGCGUCCUCCGGCUUUAGCGACGACGACAGCUUAGCCGGCGCGGAGGGAGAUCCAAAGACAAUAGAGCAGAUUGUGCAGAUGGUUCGGGAGCGCGGCAAGCAGGGACUGAUACGGGAGUACGCCGAGAUUAAGGCACGCGCUCCGGAGGGAACCUUUACCCAUGCAAAGCUACGGAACAAUCUAGCGAAGAACCGUUACACGGAUGUGCUGUGCUACGACCACAGCCGGGUCGUGCUGUCCCAGGAGGACGACGACCCGACGUCGGACUACAUCAACGCGAACUUCGUCGACGGGUACAAGCAGAAGAACGCGUACAUUUCUACGCAAGGUCCGCUACCGAAGACCUCCUACGACUUCUGGCGGAUGGUGUGGGAGCAGCACUGUCUGGUGAUAGUAAUGACAACACGGGUAAUGGAACGGGGCCGGGUGAAAUGUGGCCAGUACUGGGAACCGACCGAGGGUAACUUCGUCGAGUACGGUUGCUUCCAGGUGCGCACGUUGGCGGUGGAAACGAGCGAAGACUACACGGUGGCCGAAUUGGAGCUGAAGAACAUUAAGACUGAUGAAAUACGCAGCGUGUCCCAUUGGCAGUUCACCAGCUGGCCGGAUUACGGUGUCCCGGCAUCGGCCCAUGCCAUGCUGAACUUUUUGCAACGGGCUCGUGAGAAGCAGGCCGAAAUGGUACGGUCCCUUGGCGAUCUGUGGGCCGGUCAUCCACGUGGACCACCAAUUGUGGUUCACUGCAGUGCCGGAAUCGGGCGAACGGGUACGUUUAUCACACUGGACAUUUGCAUAUCGCGACUGGAGGAUGUUGGUAGCGCCGAUAUCAAGGGCACGGUGGAGAAGAUUCGCUCCCAGCGGGCAUACUCGAUCCAGAUGCCGGACCAAUACGUGUUCUGUCAUCUGGCGCUUAUUGAGUACGCACUGUCCAGAUCGAUGCUGCAGUCGGCGGAUUUGUCUGGGUUCGACGAUCGGGACGACGACUCUGAUUAGGAUGUGUGUACGUGGUGUAUAGGCUAUGUGCGGUGUUUGUUUCAGUUAUGUUCUGUUUUGUGUAGACUUUAAGUAGGGCGAGCGAGUAUUACGGAGUGCGCUUUCAAAUUUAAGGGACAUAUUUUAAAAUCUUUAGAUCAAAGAUAGUAAGAGAUGAAAACUAUUUUAAAAUCUGUAGAAAUGAUAAUUAGUAAUCACCAUAUAUAAAUAUCAGUGACUCUUGCUAUUUCAUUAUUUAGUUUGUUUAUCAGUUUUGCAACAAAUCUGCUAAAGUAUUUAAUUUGUUGUUUCACCACGAUCCGUUAUCGUGAUUCCUUUUGGUUAGAUCGAGUAUCACCACGAUUCACUACCAUUUUCCUCAUUUUUUUCUAAUCUCGUGGAAAGGUUGUAAAUAUUAUUAUUCAGUUAGCAUUCUUGUAAACCUGCUACAUACUAAUACCUAAUACCUAAUAAGACAAUUUUCUUUGCUCAUUUUUUAUUAAGCUUAGGGAAAACUUGCGUUCCAUAAAAUAUGAUUUGUUGAAACAAGUAAUGGAAAAGUUAACCUAUACAUCGCUAUUCAGUUUUGUCGAACGAUAGCCGGAACGCAUUGGCAAAAGAUUUCAAUCCAUUAGCACCAUUUGUCACCCACGAAGAGAUCGAGUCAUCAGCAUCCACCUAAUUGUUGCACGACACUCGAAUAAAAGGCAACGCAACUGAAUUUCUCGCUUCUAACAAAACGAUAUAUUUUGCUAAACUGACAAAUAAUAGUCCAGUGAGUGUAAGCUAGUGAGGUAAACAGAAGACUUAUUUUGUCUAUUUAUUUUUCUAAAGCAAGAACCCUAGAUGCAGAACUUUGGACAAAAUUCAAACAAGUAACAAUGCAACAACAAUAAUUCAAUACCGAACGAUGGCUGACCCUUGAUCCACAACACAAAACUGUGCGGUUUGUGCUACCACUGGCAGUGGUUAGUGAGAGAUGCUGGGAUAAACUCGCACUUUGCCAUUUCGUAGUAGUCGCCAGCAACUUAGCGAAAAAAAACACAUACUUUUACCAUCCUUCUACGAUACAAAUAAAACAAUUUAAAAGUAAUAUUUAAAGUUUAAAGAAAGAAACAAAUAAUUUUUAGUAAAAUUAUCAAUAAUGCAGAUCAAAAAUCAAAUAACUGAUAUUAAACAAACGUAAGUCUAACAAAAAUAAUAUAUUAAUUCAUUACCAACAAGAGAUAUAACCAGAAAAACAUUAGAAGUUGGAGCAAGUAAGAGUAAAACAAACGAAAAAAAAAACAAACAUGUUUUCACCAGCCCCCAUUCGGAAAUAGUAUAUAAAAAGAUACAAACAGAGAACAUUAUCAAGAAUACAAGUAUAAUGUUAAUUUCCAAAACAAAAUAAACUAAAAGAAAAGUGAAAAUAUCAAUGUAAUUGUAGACACACUCUUAUAACACAACUCAAACGCAAAUUGCAUGAAUAAGUGAUCUAUAGUUUAGCUAUUUAUUGUACUGGAUCAUCAGUUAGUAGGUAUGCGCAGUGAGGGAGCGGCCAAUCAACCUGCUUGCGGUGUGUCUUGAGAAAAAAAGCAGAAAAAAAAAAAACUAAUAUAUAUGUACACAUACACACACAGACACAGAGAAAAACACUAAAAUACACUACACUCACACCGCAGCAGUGCAGUCAAGAAAGUCCGCUACGUUUGUUGACAAGACAGAAAUGCAAGAGGGAAAAGAUCGUGAAUUAAAAUAAAGGAAAGCAACACAGAUAUGUGUUAAUGAA